AUGAACCUCAAAGCAGCGGGAGCCGGUGUGCAGGGCACCCAUGGUAUGGGAAGAGACUCGAAAGAAAAGGUGAAGUCAGAUGGCAGAGUGAAAAAACGGCGAGAUGACGAUACAUUGAGGGAAGUCGGAAAUGUGAUGCCCGAAUAUGACUGCGAUAAGGACGACCCACAACCAAAGCAAGUCGACAAAACACAGGAUUCCGUUAAGCGUAUUACGAGCGCCGAAGUCGCUUUAACUCAAGACUCUUGA